AUGUCCCUCCGCGAGCACGCACUGUCCCUCUUCCGCAGCGCGGUGGGCACCGUCCGGCCGGCUCCGAUGCUGAAGAGGGCUGUGAAGCUCCAGGGAGACGGGUGCCCUCAGCUGCUGGUGAAGGGCCAGGCCUUUCCAGUGAAGAGGGACCUGUACCUGGUGGGUUUCGGCAAAGCUGUGCUGGGGAUGGCCGCGGCAGCAGAAGAGAUCCUGGGAGACCACCUCGUUCGGGGGAUCAUCAAUGUGCCACUAGGCAUCCAGGAGAGCCUGCAGCGAGCAGGAAUGCAGGAGAUGCUGCUGAAGCCACAGAGCAAAAUCCAGGUCAUCGAAGGUGCCAAGAACAACCUCCCGGACCCAGAGGCUCUGAAGGGAGCAGUUGCCAUCCGGGAGCUGGCUGAGGGUCUGACUGCGGACGACCUGCUCCUUGUGCUCAUCUCAGGGGGUGGAUCAGCCCUACUGCCUGCUCCCAUCCCUCCCAUCCUCCUCAAAGAGAAGGAGAAACUCACAAGGACACUGGCUUCCCGAGGAGCUGCCAUACAGGAGCUGAAUAUUGUCCGGAAGACUCUGUCCUUGCUGAAGGGUGGAGGGCUGGCCCAGCUCGCAUAUCCCGCACAGGUGGUGAGCCUCAUCCUUUCUGAUGUGACUGGUGACCCCCUGGACAUCAUAGCGAGUGGGCCCACUGCUGCCAGCUCCCACAGUGUCCAAGACUGCCUUCAGAUACUCGCCAAAUACAACCUGCUGCUCAACCUGCCCGAGUCAGUGGCAACGGUCCUGUCCAGCUCUCCCACCAAGCCCACUGCUCCGGAAGACUAUUCCCAUGUUUGCAACAUCAUCAUCGGGUCAAAUACGCUGGCUUUAGAUGAGGCCAAACGCCAAGCCGAGGGUCUGGGCUACGCAACCCUGAUUCUGAGCGCAGCAAUCUGCGGGGAAGUCAGCCGUGUCGCCAUGCUGUACUGCCAGCUGAUCCGGCUGGUCUGCCUGGGCUUCGCCGGCCUCGGAGAAGGGCCCCUGAGUGACAGGGUGAAGGGGAACCUCCUGCAGCUGGCGGCAGAGCUAGAGAUCCCGGGUUUGAACCUUGCCGAGUUUCUACAGGCCCUGCGAGGACUAGGGCCUGAAAGACCAGUCUGCAUCCUGGCCGGCGGAGAAACCACUGUUCAGCUUCAAGGAACGGGCAAGGGAGGGAGGAACCAGGAGCUGGCCCUGCGCGUGGGGCUGGGGCUGCACAGGGCACAGGCCAUGGAGACCAGCAGCCCCCCGGGGAGGUGUGAGAUCAUCUUCCUCAGCGGGGGAACGGACGGGCAGGAUGGGCCGACGGAGGCGGCAGGGGCCUUCUGCAGCCCGGAGCUGGUGGACGAGGCGCUGCAGGAGGGCCUCGAUGUGGAGGCCUUUCUCAGCAACAACGACUCCUAUACAUUCUUCAGCCGGUUCCAAGGUGGGCAUCACCUCCUGGUGACAGGCUUGACAGGCACCAAUGUCAUGGACAUCCAGGCCAUUUUAAUUAGAGCCACAGAGACAUCAUGAGAGCUCCCUCUGCAGAUAUCCAGAUGCAUUUAAUUAGGACCAGGGGUAAAUGAAGGCAUCAACACUGCAGACAAAU